CGUUCUGUGUGCAGAAGUCUUAAUUCACAAUUACCACGUGAAGUCUGGAAAAGUUCGUUCUACCCAUAAGAUUAUUCAAAUUGAUUUAAUUAUUGCAAAUUUGGAAAAAUGUCGGACACAUUUGAUAAUGAUUUCUCCAAUACAUCUUCUGAUGUAAAUACUGAUUCACAAUUAAAUGAACUUUUGAACAUUGAGAAAGAAAAGGUUGUAACGACCGCACAGAUCCAUGCGUUUAACGACAUUUGUUGGGAAACAUGCGUCGACAAGCCAGGAAGUAAAUUGGGUGGUCGCACAGAAACCUGCAUAAGCAAUUGUGUCAAUAGAUUUAUAGACGUUUCUUAUUUUAUUACCAAUCGUUUUGCACAGUUGCUACAAAAUUCCAUAAGAAAUUAAUUAAUUUUACAAAAUAUACUCCUAGAAUGGCAAUUAUGGUAUCAGAUAUUUUUGUUCAAAUGUUACAAAAUAGUAUAGAUAUAUGCCAUAAAUAAAAGAACUGAAUUUGUUAUCACUUGUAGUUUAAUGCUUCUGGAUAUAUAAUUAAGUUAUUAAAGAAAAUAUGUAUCUUUCAAUAUAAAAUACAGAAUAAAAUAUUUAUUUUUA